UAGGGAGCUGGCUGUGUUCUCUGCUGCAAACCCAGGACUAGCAGUUCUCUCUCUGUAGCCUCCCUCCAAAUAUACCUUCCCCUCCUCCUCUCUUCAUCACAGUCUUAAAUACUCUGAGUGGAAUACAAUGCAAAAAAUUUGCAGUCCUGCUAAUGACAGUUUCUGAAUGCUCUGAAUAAGCCAAGAGGAGCUCUGAACAACUCUAAAGUAUCCCUUCUUCUAAGGCAUUCUUUGAAGACCCCUCCCAAAAUGAAGAGGCAGUUUCUGUCAACCAUUUGGACACACUUCGUCUCUACUUUAAGUUUCAGGCUCUUAUAGUAUCUACUCAAUCAAAGUAUGGCUUAGAAUCCCAUAUAACUUCUGUCUUUGGGGGACCAUUGCAUGUUUUGUGUUUUUCAUCGUUUUUUGUAAUAAACCAUCAUGGGGGGAUGCUUCUCCAAACCCAAACCAGUGGAAGUCAAAGUUGAAGUUGUUCUGCCAGAAAAAGAAAGGGAAAAAGAAGAAUUGUCUCCCAAUGGGAAGGCCAGUCCUCUUGCAUACAAAGCAAAUGGAACAACGCGACACUAUCACCAUGAAGAGAGAUCCAUUGUUCUUAAUCCUUACACCAAUCCCAAAGACAUGGUGGAAGCUUCCGUGUGCCAUGUAAAGGACCUGGAGAAUGGCCAGAUGCGGGAGGUUGACUUGGGAUGCGGCAAAGCUUUGCUUAUUAAGCAGCAUGGAGAAUACUAUGCAAUGGGACACAAAUGCCCUCACUAUGGGGCACCUUUAGUUAAAGGUGUACUCUCCAGAGGAAGAGUGCGUUGUCCAUGGCAUGGAGCAUGUUUUAAUAUUGCAACUGGUGAUCUAGAGGAUUUCCCAGGAUUGGAUGGUUUGCCAAAAUUUCAGGUUAAAAUAGAGAAAGAAAGAGUAUACAUUCGUGCCAGUAAACAGGCUUUACAAUCACAAAGAAGGACCAAAGUUAUGGCUAAAUGUAUUGCGCUCAGUAAUUAUAGUACAGCAAUUACUAAUAUUCUCAUAAUCGGAGCAGGUCCAGCUGGAUUAGUGUGUGCAGAAACAUUAAGGCAAGAGGGAUUUUCAGAUAGGAUUGUAAUGUGUACUUCAGAGAAGUACCUGCCAUAUGACCGGCCCAAAUUAAGCAAAUCAAUGGAUUCUCAAGCAGAACAGAUUUUACUAAGAUCCAAGGAAUUUUUCCACAUGUACGAUAUAGAAGUUCUUACUGAAACACAGGUUGUCAACGUGGACACAAAGAACAAGGCAGUUGUGUUUAAGGAUGGAUUUAGAAUGGAAUACAACAAGCUGCUUAUUGCUACUGGAAGCACCCCUAAAACUUUGACAUGUAAAGGAAAAGAACUGGACAAUGUUUUCACAAUCCGAACUCCGGAAGAUGCCAACAGGGUGGUGAAGUUGUCAAGUAACAGGAAUGUUGUGAUUGUGGGAGCAUCUUUCUUAGGGAUGGAAGUGGCAGCCUACAUGUGUGACAAAGCUCACUCUGUAUCUGUUGUGGAAUUGGAAAACAUUCCCUUUAAGAAGUUUCUAGGAGAAAAGGUUGGGCUUGCAAUCAUGAAGGUGUUUGAAAGCAAUCGGGUGAAGUUUUAUAUGCAGACUGAAGUUUCUGAACUAAGAGAACAAGAGGGAAAGAUGAAAGAAGUUGUGCUGAAGAGUGGAAAGGUCCUCAGAGCUGAUGCGUGUGUGAUUGGCAUAGGUGCAAGUCCUACUACAGGCUUCCUUAAACAUAGUGGGGUCACCAUUGAUUCCAAAGGAUACAUUCCGGUUAACAAGAUGAUGCAGACAAACAUUCCUGGUGUCUUUGCUGCAGGGGAUGUUGUGACUUUCCCAUUAGCUUUCCGCAAUAACAAGAAAGUCAAUGUACCUCACUGGCAGAUGGCACAUAUGCAAGGUCGCAUAGCAGCACUGAACAUGCUGGCUCAAGGCACUGAAAUUAAUACUAUUCCAUAUCUAUGGACAGCCAUGUUUGGAAAGAGUAUACGAUAUGCAGGCAAUGGGGAAGGCUUUGAUGAUGUUAUCAUUCAAGGGGACAUUGAGGAAUUAAAAUUUGUGGCAUUUUAUACAAAGCAUGAUGAAGUAAUUGCAGUAGCCAGUAUGAAUUAUGAUCCAAUUGUUUCCAAAGUAGCAGAAGUCAUGGCAUCUGGAAAAUCUAUACGCAAACGUGAUGUUGAGAUGUUUAUUCGUUAUGGCAAAACUGGUGACAUUGCCUGGCUCACAGGGAAGGGCUCGUAGCCAAUUGAGAUUGACAUUCUAUCAAGACGAUAAUGACAAUAAUGCAUGCAGGAUGGUGAAAUGCUUAACAUUUAAAGUCUUGCUGACAAUGAGAUUACAUUUUGGCUUUUACACACUACUCGAUGAACUCCCAGCCACAAAAUGUGCUUUUUUCUGAAAAGACAUUGAUGAGAAGUAGAGCCCGGAGUUCUUCAAGCUACAAAGGAUUAAAAAUGAUGCUGCAAAUUUAAAUUUUCUUUAGAUUCAUCAAACUUGCUUGAAUGCUGAAGCAUCACAUUUUUGAGAACACUGAUUCAUUUUACUUUAAGAAAUGAAUAAUGU